CGUACUUGACGGUUAUGUUUUCUGUUCCCUGGGGCCACAGUGUUUUCAACGGGACUCAACUUACUACUUACUGGACUCGCCAUGGCCGCUUGACCCGGGCUAAAAUAUAUCCCCCUUGUGUUAUCAUUAUCUUCGAGACGUUUUGCACAAACUUUUCCAGAUUAACUUUUCGUCUUUUGUGUAGUUUUUAUGUCAAGAAAUAAGGAUGCAACCCCCACCGAGAAAGGUCCGGGUCACCCAGGAGCUGAAACACACUCAUGCAGAGCAGAUGAGCAGAUUACACAUCAAACACCAGACAGAAUGUGACCUCCUGGAAGACCUGAGGAGUUUUAGCCAAAAAAGGGCUGCUGUAGAGAGAGACUACGCCCAGGCCCUGCAGAAGCUGGCAAAUCAGUAUCUAAAGAGGGAAUGGCCGGACAGCCUGAUAGAGGAACAAGCAGAUCACAGGAACAUGUAUUGUGUAUGGAGGGCCUAUUUGGAGGGCACAGUCCAGGUCACCCAGUCCAGAAUCAGCGCCUGCGACAACUACAAAGUCCAGGUUGCCGAUCCGGCCAAGACGGCCAGACUGCAGAAGGAGCAGCAGCUGAGGAAGUGUAUUGAGCAGCUGACGGUGGUCCAGGCGGAGCUGCAGGAGUCGGUGAAGGAGCUGACAAAGAGCAGGAAGAAAUACCAGGAGGCGGAGACGAUGGCGCAGGCCGUCAGGGAGAAGGCAGAGCUGGACGCCAAGUCCAAGCUAAGUCUCUUUCAGUCCAGAUCCAGUCUGCAGAGGGCGAGCGUAAAGCUCAAAGCCAAGAGGAGCGAGUGUAACUCCAAAGCCACCCAUGCCAGAAACGACUAUCUUCUCACGCUAGCAGCCGCUAACGCUCACCAGCAACGCUACUAUGACACAGACCUCAUGGACUGCAUCAAGGUGUUAGAUGGCAAAAUCUAUGAGCAGGUAAAAGAUUACCUGGUGUCACUGUGUCAGACUGAGCUGGAAACUUACGAGACUGUUCACAACACCUUCAACCAGCUCCUGAACAGCUCAAAUGGGAUACUGCAGGAGUUUCACCAGCAGCUGUUUGCACAGAAGAAUUCCAUGUUUCAGCAAGCCCCAGACUUCUUGUACCAGCCCAUCGACUCUGAUACGGUGAUGCAGCUGCAGAAGGAGAGUGGGACGGCGGAGGAGCACAGCCUGGAUAAAGAGGCGAGGAAAUGGGCGAGCCGCGUGGCCCGAGAGUACAAGAGCAUCAUCCACACGCAGAGGGCCCUGGAGGAAUACGGGACGCAGGAGUCGUCAGAGCAGAACAACAGCGAGCUGGAGACGAAGAUGGAGGUGGCCCGGCAGAGUCUCCGGAGGGCAGAGACUGUGAAGGUGAAAGCCGAGGCUCGUCUGGACUUGCUGAGGCAGGCGGGCGUCGCCGUGGAAACGUGGCUGAAGAGCGCGAUGAACCAGGUGAUGGAGGAGCUGGAGAACGAGCGCUGGAACAACCUCAGUACCCACGAUCCCUCGCUCUCUGGGACGGCAGAUCUGGAGCGAGAGGACGAGGAGGAGAUGGAGGACAGUGGUGAGGUGUUGGACGACAGCAGCUCCAGUCCCUCCAGCACCUUGAAAAACUAUCCACUCACCUGCAAAGUGCUCUACUCCUACAAGGCAUCUCAGCCAGACGAACUGACCAUCGAGGAGCAGGAAAUCUUGGAGGUCAUUGACGAUGGAGACAUGGAGGACUGGGUCAAGGCCAGAAACCGCAGCGGACAGGUCGGCUAUGUCCCAGAGAAAUACCUGCAGCUGCCGUCCUCCAACAGCCUGCUGAGUAUGCUGCAGUCUCUGGCUGCACUGGACGCCCGAUCCCACUCCUCCAGCAACUCCACCGAACCUGAAACCGAACUACCGACUGGCUCUGUCAACGGAGACUCCAGUGUGUCGUUCGCGAAGGCCUUGUACGACUACGCGGGACAAACGGACGACGAGCUGUCGUUCCCCGAAGGCGCCAUCAUCCGCAUCCUGAGCAGAGAGACCCACGAGGACGAUGGCUUCUGGGAGGGAGAGUUCAACGGCGUUGUCGGCGUCUUCCCCGCGGUUCUGGUGGAGGAUCUCGCCGGUGCCAGCGAGAACGGAGACGGACAAAGAGACGGCAGCGCACAGGCCUCCCCCUCCACUCUGGCCCAGUGCGACCGAUCCCCUCGCAGUCCCUUCCAGCCGGGGCCUCUCCACAGCAGUCCCCUUCAGACGCCCACCAUGUCCUCCCCUCUGGCAAGUCCCUGCAGCGCUACAGCCUCGCCCAUCGGACGACCACCCGCCUAUCACAACGGACAUCACAGGCCGCCACCAGCGCCACAUAAAAGCCCCUUUCAGAGUCCAGCCCAAGGCUCCCCACAACCUCCCAAAUACCCAGAGAGCGGCUCAGGCACCAUUCGACCUGUUCGUGCCGCUCCUCCGCCCCCGAAGCAGCAUCCCCGCGGGCAGGUGAAGCGGAGGGAGGAGGUGGAGAUCACGCUGGUGUGAAGGCGGCACCUUGGUGGCGGCGGCGGCUCGGUUCAAACCAGCCGGCACUCGGCGGCUCUGUGCCUCUAUAAACGCACUCCCAAAGGAAAACCAGAGGAAACUUAAACCCCCACCCCUGAAGACACCACCCCCUCCGCCCACUCUGUCCUCACAGGGUCGGUGAGCUGUGGAGGAAUAUUGUGCCUUUCUUGUUUGAUUCCUUCUCCUGUUCAGUUUUCUAUUUUACUCCCUCACCCAGAGUCAAUAAGACUGAUCAAUAGGACCAAUACUGCAAGUUCUCCAGCUCUUCUACCAACACAGGAAUCAAUUUCAGUCCUGAAAACAAAAGAUUUUUAAAUUCAAACACUCCUCAGAUCAUGUUUCUGUCGCUCACAGUAACUGAUACAGUGAUCAUGUGACUGACCACAGUUUCAUUUAAUGUCUGUGUGCAAUAUCCAAAUCACAGGAGCUGCAGUUAAAUGUGUCGAGACAUAUUGAUAUAAAUGAAGCAUUCUGGUGUUGCACAGAUGCUUCAGGAUACAAGUCAUAGUCUCCUAGAUGUGAAGGGGAAAAUGCUUCUCUGGUGCAGAGCCAAAACAAAAAUCACAUCUUCAUCAUCAUUUGUUUUUUUUUUUCAGUGAAAUUUUAAUUUAAAAAUUUCCUGACUCAUCGCAAUAUCUGUCAAAAUAAUUGCCCAGUGAACUUUACAGGUGUUAACAGGUGUGGUUAUCGACUUCAGCCAAAGCCAAGCUAGGUUUUAUGCUAAGCUAAGCUAAGCUGAGAUAAUCCCCUCAGGCUCCAGCUUCAUAUUAAACAGGCAUGACAGUGGGAUCAAUCUUCUUUAACUCUUGAUAAGAAAAAAAUAUUACUUAUUACUUAUUAAUAAGUUGUUUUCUUCUUCUUUGGUAAAUUUAAAGUGCUUCCAGGAAGACGUUCGUUGAUAAAAUAAUGAUUUCAAACAUCUCACUGUAUCAGUUACCGUGCGGCUCCUUCCCUCUUAUUCCGUCAACUUUCACAAUUGGAUUCCUUCUAUGCAACAGAGUUAAAUAUUCGACGGCAGCAUGUUGUGAACAUGUUCGCUUCAACACAAACCAAAAGUCUGUUCGUCUCCACCACACUCCGAUCAAAAAAUAAAAAUAAAAAAACAAUGUAAAAAAAAAAAAACACACAGGGCGAGAGGCUGGUCCUCUCCUCCUCGAACACACACCUACUGUAACUGCACACGGUUACACAAACAAGGGAAAAGUGGCAAUUUGUUUGUUUUUUUUUAGUCGAGCGAUUGUCGUGUCAGUAGGGAGAAUCUCCUAGAAAAGAUCAAAAAUAAUAGAUCCUUUACCUUUUUAUGGUUAAUUCUUAAAACCCUGCUUCUUUAAAGAUAGUGCGUACACACACAUAGUCUAACUUUUUUCCCUCCUCCUCCUUUUCUUGUGUUGUAAAAUAAAGAUUUAGAAACGUUAUUAAAUGUUGCCAGUAUAAAGUGGUUUUUGUUGAGGAGCAGGUUGCAGUUUAAAGUUUAAACAUGCUUUUAUUUUGAAGGAGGAAACCAUCCUGAGCUGCUAGCUAGUCCAAUUUAAAAAAGGAAAAAAAAAGAAAAAACCUAUACUGUCAUAGUGAAGCACUUUUUGAUGUCUUCUUAUUCCUUUUCAGUAUUGUGGAUGCUACGUUGUUCGUUCGAUAUUUCUCGUUUGACGUUUUGUUUACCAGCUGUAUUGGUAUGAAUACUUUUCUUUUAUCGGCUCUUGCGUUAUUUAGCCUUAAAUAGCCAUUGUAGUGUCUUUGAUUGAGAUUGAGAUUGUAUUGUUUUUGAAAUAUUAAUAGUUUACAGAGAGCUUGGAGAUGGAUAUCUGUACAAAUAAUAGCACAGCUUUUGUUUUUUGUUUAUUUUUGUUUUGUUUUUUAGAAUUAGGAUAAAAACCUAUUAAACCGUAGUUCGAUUCGAUCAGAGGAAAAGAGAUAUCUGUCAGCCAUGUUGCUGUGUUCUCAUUGAUCUCCUUGAGAUCUGAAUGACAUCAAACUUAUUUUUGAAGUUUGCAUUUACCCUGUUGUAUUAACGAAUAAAUAAAUGAAUAAAUAAAUGAAAAAAGGAUCUCUUUUCCCCAACAGAGAAGUUGUUUUUUUUGUUAACUUGCUACUGGUCCUGAUUCCACGUCGAGACAAACUGCCCACGUUUUACAUUGUUAAGCUCUGCAGAGGCUGUCGAGCGACAUAUUUACACACCAGUGGAUGUUUAACUGUAUUUAUUGUGUACAAAUAAAUGUGAAAUAAAGAUAGCUUACAUGAAAAUAA